CACAAUGGCUCAACGACAAGUUCUUAGACGACGAUUAUGCUACAACACACCAUCCAAUCGUCGAAAGAUUUCCAAAACUCCAGGUGGAAGGCUAGUAUACCUUUAUCAAAAGAAGCCAGGAACCUGUGCUCGUUGUGGUGACUGUAAGCUCAAGCUUAGAGGAUUAACAUUCGCCCGACCACACAAAUUGUCAACACUUUCCAAGCGACACAAGACUGUCUCUAGAUCAUAUGGUGGUGUAAGAUGUGCCGCAUGUUUAAAGAAUAGAAUUCUUCGAGCCUUCUUGAUUGAAGAAGAAAAGAUCAUAGCUCAAGUUAUGAAAGCCCAGAAACAGACUAAAAGCUAAAUUAACUGUUGUAAAAUUUUGAUCCAAUAAAUCAAGUAAAAACAAAUUAGUUAUGAA